UAAUUCAUGGGACUUUGUUGCUUUCCUAUUACUUUCCUCAAUUUCUCGCCUUCUUCUCCCCUCCCUUCUUUUCUUUUCUUUACCUCCCGCUUUUCUCUUUUACCUAGAACAAUAACAUAACAUCACUAAAUAGACUUGUCUUCUUUUUAAUACUCUUCCUCCAUUUUUAUUCUUCACAGUCCAACUAAAUAUGAUUUUUUCUUUUUCUUUUUUCAUUUCAUUCAUUCUUUUCGAGGUUCACUCUUUUUCAUCACCUGCCCAAUUGUUUGUGGAGUUUAAGACCGUAGAACAUGAUCAUUUUUAAAACCACAAACUGUGACCAGGUUCUUAUCAAUCACUAUGGCCUAAUAUUGUUUGGAAUUGUGUUUUUAAAGUCCAAUCUUCUUUCUUUCUGGAUUGCGAUACAGAGCCUGAGCAUUUGAGAUACUGAAAUAACAUAUAUUUGCACUUUUUCAUCCUUCGUGAUUUAUAAGGAACUAGAGACUCCGUUCAGCUCUACCUAGUUAUUAUUUGGGACUGAAAAAAUAGUCAAAUCCGGACAAUCAUUGUAUUCAGUGUUCCUGUGCUUUCACGAAGAGGUUAUUGCUCCGUCAGUGUCCAUGUGCCUUGCCUAUUAUUAUAGCUUUUCCACAUCUUCUAGUUUUUUUACCUAUGCUUCUAGAUGUCGUAUGGAUCAAUUGUCUGUCUCAAGGUUGAUCAUGUUGCUGUUUCACUGGCUCCACUAUUCAACUUCUAUUAACCUCAUGAUACUUUAUGUAUACCAGAGUGAUGGAAAUCAUCUGUUACUCUUGAUGUUUGUAUGAUGUGCAAUGUUCUCCGGUUUGGGUUAGUGGGAUACUUGGGGUAUGCAAAUUGAUAUGAUCUAUAUGAUUCUACUUGGAAAGGGAUUUUUGGGGAGCAAGGAUUAGAUUAACAUUGACAUGGAGUUCAAGAAUUGGACCAACAUGGCUCAACUGCUAUGGAGUAAAUAGCGUGACUUACAUUUUUAUCCAAAAAAAGAGAAGCAAAGAGACAGGUUUUCCAUACUUGUGAGCAGGAUGGCAACUGAGAGCCCCAUGAGAAUAGUGGAGAGUGGUGGAGUUAGAAAGUGGCCCUCGUCUAAGGAUGCUGCUAUUUUUGGGUCGCCAUCAAAUCAUAUGACUGCAGAGAACUUGGGCCUGCUUGUGAAGGAGCAUAGAUUCCACAGAGAUCAAACAGAUACUGUUCCCAGUCGAAGUGGUAGUGCACCACCAAGUAUGGAGGGGUCUUUUGCUGCUAUUGGAAAACUUUUAGCCCAACAAAACUUUAGCAUGAGUUCUAGCUUGAAAAGUUUAAGUAGUGCUAUCGAGAAUUACGAGUCUGAGGAACAACUGCUUUCUGAUCCAGCCUAUCUGGCAUACUACAACUCUAACAUUAACUUGAAUCCAAGACUUCCUCCGCCUCUACUUUCACGAGAGAGUCAUCGACUUGCCCGACACAUUGGUGGUCUUGGCAACAAGUGGAGACCUUCUGUAGAUGACGGCGGCAAUAAAUCAAUACAACUUUCUACACUUUCAAUUCAUGAGGAAGAGCCAGGGGAUGAGAAAUCACCCACAGAAGCCUCAGACAAUACUAGUGUCCGUAUCCAUGGACAGAAUGCAAUUCUCUUGGCUGGUCGCCAUAAAAGUUUGGUCGACCUGAUUCAGGAAGACUUCCCUCGCACCCCUUCUCCUGUUUAUAGUCAGUCUCGUUCCUCAAGCCAUGCAGCAGAGGAAGCAGUUGAUGUGGACGCCCAUGCAAUCUCAUCAAACGUUUCCCCUGUCAACAUUUCAAAAGGUUCAGAAUCAAAUUCAGGUUCUUCUGAUGUUUGCGUUGACACAUUUGCUCUGGAGGUAGAUGCUAUCAGGCUAAUAUCUGAUACUCAUCCUACAGUUACCUCAUUCUCGAGCUCAUAUUCUCUUGAUGAGAAACCGACAGGGGAAAAAGAUGAAUCAGGCACUGAAGAUACUGCUUUGGAGAGUCACGUGUCAUUUAGAGGUACCCUUCAGCGUGGCAUUUCCAGAACAGAGGCUAGAGCGAGAAACAAGCAAGAAGAGCAACAAUCUUAUGGGAAGAAUGUACCGCAAAAUCAUCUAUCUGUUCAACAAGGCAUUCCACAUCAGGCUCAAGGAGUCCAGGCUCAAAUUAUUUCUCAAGGAAUGACUCAAUCUCACAAUAGCUUGGACAUCUUGUCUUAUGACCAUCAUAGGUUCUCUAUUGAGGUACAGCAACCAAUGCAUUCUUCUGCACUUAACCAACCUUCGUAUGCAUCAACAGCGGCCUAUAUGACAGGAGGGACUCCUUUUUACCCUAACUUUCAGCCAUCUGGUUUAUAUUCUCCACAAUAUAGUAUGGGUGGAUAUGCUAUGGGUUCUGCAUAUCUUCCCCCAUUUAUCACUGGCUACCCUUCUCAUUGUGCCAUUCCCAUGCCCUUUGGUGCUUCUGGUCCAAGCUUUGAUGGUCGAAGUAGUGGUGCUUCAACUGGGGAAAACAUUGCACAUCUAGGUGGUCUGCAACAGCUGGGAAAGUUUUAUGGACAACAAGGAUUGAUGUUUCAACCUCCAUAUGGGAAUCCACUGUACAUGCAAUACUUUCAGCAGCCUUUUGGAGAUGCUUAUAGUCCUACAUUUCAACAGAACCGUAUGGCUUCAAGUGGUGCUCUUGGGGGCCAGAUUGAUGCUUUUCAACAGGAGUCAUCUUUUGCUGCAUAUAAGGAUGAUCAGAAACUUCAGCCUCCAGCAAAUGGAAGUUUAAGCAUGCCAAGUUCAGGAAAAGUGGGAAUAACUGGUAGUAGUUAUUAUGGAGGUCCUCCAAGUAUGGGUGCCAUGACUCAAUUCCCUGCUGGAACACUUGCCAGUCCAAUACUUCCAUCAUCUCCUGUAGGUGGAAUUAAUCAUAUGGGUCGCCGAAAUGACAUGAGGUUUCCUCAGACUGCCAGCAGAAAUAUAGGAUUAUAUUCUGGAGUUCAAGGACAGAGAGGGGCCAACAGCUUUGAUGAGCCCAAAAGGCAUUAUUUCCUUGAAGAACUGAAAUCAAGCAAUGCCCGGAAAUUUGAACUCUCUGAUAUAGCAGGGCAUAUAGUUGAAUUCAGUGUUGAUCAACAUGGGAGUCGAUUUAUUCAGCAGAAGCUGGAACAUUGCAGUUUUGAGGAAAAGGUGUCAGUUUUCAAAGAAGUACUUCCUCAUGCUUCAAAAUUAAUGACAGAUGUUUUUGGAAAUUAUGUCAUUCAAAAGUUUUUUGAGCAUGGAAGUCCUGAUCAACGGAAGGAGCUUGCAGAUAAACUCUCUGGACAGAUGUUGCAAUUAAGUUUGCAGAUGUAUGGUUGUCGUGUAAUACAGAAGGCUUUGGAAGUGAUUGAGCUUGAUCAGAAAACACAACUCGUUCAGGAGCUUGAUGGCCAUGUUUUGCGAUGUGUACAUGAUCAAAAUGGAAAUCAUGUGAUACAGAAGUGUAUAGAAUGUGUGCCAACAAUGAAUAUUGAAUUUAUUAUUUCUGCUUUUCAAGGCCAAGUUGCUGCACUUGCCACUCACCCCUAUGGUUGCCGUGUCAUUCAGAGAGUUUUGGAGCACUGCUCAGAUGAUCUGCAAAGUCAAUGUAUAGUAGAUGAAAUUUUAGAAUCUGCUUACCUCCUUGCUCAAGACCAGUAUGGCAACUAUGUCACACAGCAUGUUUUGGAGAGGGGAAAGCCCUAUGAAAGGAGCCAGAUUAUCAGCAAGCUGACUGGGAAAAUUGUACAAAUGAGCCAGCAUAAAUAUGCAUCAAAUGUCAUUGAAAAGUGUCUGGAGCAUGGCAGUCCUAUUGAGCAGGAGCUUUUGAUAGAGGAGAUUAUAGGCCAGUCUGAGGAAAGCGACCAAUUUUUGACAAUGAUGAAAGAUCAAUUUGCAAACUAUGUGGUGCAAAAGAUCCUUGAAAUAAGCAAUGAUAAACAGCGGGAAAUAUUGCUGAGUCGAAUAAGGAUUCAUCUUCAUGCUUUGAAGAAAUACACGUACGGGAAGCACAUAGUUGCUCGGUUUGAGCAACUCUGUGGCGAAGAAAGCCAAGCUGAGGAAAGUUGAGGAAGUGGGAGAGGAAGAAAUUGAUGGUGGAGAAGAGUAGCAUCAUUUGGGAUUAGGUCAUGGGAUUCAAAUUAGUUGGUAGUGGUGAUAUUGGAAAUUGCAUAAUUAGUGUAUCAAUGUAUUUUAUAUAUAAAUAUUAUAUGUCCAACUUGUAUGUAUGUAUGAAUGAAUGAAUGAAUGUAUGUAAAGUAUUGUAUAGAAAUAAUUGUUGUUGAUUGGUGAAAAGGUAAUUUUAUUGCUUUGGGAAA